UGCUGAACUUUAUUUGUUCCUUAUAAUCACGUGGCCACAAUAAAUUACUGCAAAGACCAUGCCAUCAGCAAUUGUUCAAUACUUCCAAGGGAUCUAAAAUAAUAGCACAGAAAUGAUCCAUUUGGCUCAACUGGUUGAUGCUUUACUGGUGACAUCAUUGUGCCUUUUCCCAUCUUCCUUCUCCAAUUUUGUGGUUUCCACCAAAAUUCUCAUUGCUCCCUUCUUCAUCUUAUGGGUAUUUCCAUUUUUCAGAAGAACUGUUUCACUUUGUUAAUAACUACAUUUAUAUCUGCAAGCUGGAUUUUAGGUUCUCAGGUGGAUGCGUCUGCCCUAUCGUACCUUUUUCACAAUUUUAAAGAGUUCGCUUCUCAGUAUUCUUCUGAGGAAAAUAAACUCCAACCUUUUCAGUAUUCCUACAGUUACAACCCCUCAGUUUUGAUAUCAUCCAUGUAUUUUCUAUUUGUAUCUUUUCCACUGCUGCUGUAAAUAUGAAUUAGGACGUUGUACCAUUCUCUCAACUGAGUGCGAGCAAGUCUGCACUAGAAUAUCAGGGAACAUGUUACAAUGCACAAGGUGUACUGCAAACAACUACUUAAACCCCAGGUAUCACACAACCAGCCAUUUUCUCCAGUUAUUCCAUCUCUCUAAGCCAGUGGAUUUCAAACGUUUAUACCAAGUUCGUGCCCAUUGGAUACCAUGGAAAUUGUAUCUGUUUUGUCAAGCUCAUGGUGCUUAAUGGAGGCUCAGUGUCCUGGAUUUUAAAUCGCAGUAGAGUUUGUUCUCUGUGGAAGCCUAUUAUGGGGCAGCAUGGUGGCCCCGUGGUUGGCAUUGCUGUAUCACAGCACCUAGGACUCAGGUUCAAUUCCAUCCUUGAGUGAUUGUGCAGACUCCACAUAGACAUUCUCCCCAUGUCUGCAUGGGUUUCCUCUAGGUGCUCUGGUUUCCUUCCACAAUCCACAGACGCGCAAGCUAGGUGGAUUGGCCAUGCUAAAGUGCAUGUAGUGUUCCGGGAUGUGUCGAUUACGGUGAUAUGUCUGGGUGGAAUGCUCUGAAGGUCGGUGUGGACUUGUUAGGCCGAAGGCCUAUUUCCACACUGUAGGGAGUCUGUGAUCUGUGAUCUAAUCCUUUCUUGGAGAUCAGGAGCUAUGGUUAUUCUUUGAAAACUUUUUAAAGUUAGGUCAAGUUAUCAGAUAUUGAAAAACUGACAUUUUUACUUUUUUUUUUGAAAAAGCAUUCAUGGAAUGUGGACUUUGGCCGGACCAGUAUUUAUUGUCUAUCCCCAAUUGCCUUGAGAAGGUAGAGGAGAGUUAUCUUAAAGUGCUGCAGUCAUUGGUGUAGGAAUACCCACGAUGCAAUUUUGGAGGGAGCUGACAUUGCGACAGGGAAGUAACAGUGAUUUAUCCCCAUGUCAGGAAGGUGUGAGAAAAGCAUAAAUAAUUACAGUAACCAAUUACUUUUCUAGCAAAUAGAAAAUUAAUGACCCCUUGUGUCUGCUGACAGAACCAACUCUAUUAUAGCAAGUAUGUCAGCAAUACAUGUCAGGUUAUUUUCCUCCUGCCAGUCCUAUUUGGUGCAGUAAUCUCCUUGAUUAUACUUAGUGUAUCUGUACAAUUCCAAGAUGCCUCUAAUAAUUGCAUAGAUUAUAAUAUUUUGCUGAUAGCCACUCACCAGAAUAUGCACUAAGUUAUUUUUCGGCAUUGGACUUUCAAGUUGAAACCUAUGAUGAAAUUGUGACUUCUGGCUGAUUUAUAACAGGGGCUUUGCCUCAGCAGUAUUUUAAUUUGUGUUGUCUGAAUGUGGGAUGAAAAAUUGGCAGGUAGGAAUCUUCCGCACUUGCAAACUCCACUUCCAUUUACCAAUAUUUAUGAUUGACUGACUAUCAGUGAUUCUCCAUACCUUUAUUGAAAAUGAUUAUUGAUAUUGCUGUGGUGAAGCGUCUAGGCCUGAAACGUCAGCUUUCCUGCUCCUAAGAUGCUGCUUGGCCUGCUGUGUUCAUCCAGCUCCACACCUGGUUAUCUCUUAUCAUUGAUAUUGCUGUGAUGGAAACUGCCCACACUACUGCUGUGGUUCACCCCUUUUCAUCAAUGCUGAUGUUGGACUGAAGUGGACAAAGUCAGAAGUUACACGACACCAGCUUAUAGUCCAAUUGGUUUGUUUGGAAUCACAAGCUUUCAGUGCACUGCACCUUCGUCAGGUGAAGUGGGUUCACGCUUUGCCUGACGAAGGAGCAGUGCUAUGAAAGCUCCUGAUUGUAAAUAAACCUGUUGGACUAUGACCUCGUGUCAUAUGACUUGUGAACUUCUCAUCAAAUCAUACUUUGUUCUCCCAGCUGCUUUGUUAUCAGGUUCAAGCACUUUGGCUUGUACUGUGCCUCCUGUCAUGUUUUUACAAUUGCUGUUUUCAGCUGCCCCUUUUCCUAGUCUUACAAUUUCUUUCAGCUGUCCUUCCUCAGAUUGUCUUAAGUGUUUCUCGCAGUUUGUUGAUAAUCUUUCAACACAUUUUGUCUUUGUCCUCUGAUUUCACUGCCUUCAGUUCCCCACUUAAUUUAGUCUUGUCAGUGUUCUAGCCAAAUUUUAUGCCCACCUUCAGACCGUGCUACUUUGUAUGAUUUCUGUAUUCCAAUAACUUUGUCAGUGAUUGAGACAACCUCUGACUGUGACGUUGUAUUCCUUACCACCCCCAAUCUCUUUUGACUUGGUUUUCUUCUGUGCCUGUUGUAUAGUGGGGAUAGAGGGGUUGGGGAAAUAGUCUUUCUCAUGAGCUCUCAACUAACUGCAUUUAACUUUCAAGCAUCUAGUCUUUGACACUCCAUUCAACAAGAUGUGAUUCCGGCUGUUGAUUUUUUUGUUCAGUAAUUUCUUAUGCUUUUUGUUUUGCCCUUGUAGCUGGUAACCUUUGUCCUUUCUUGGUUAUUUCUUCCAUUAUGUUUGCAUUGUCGAGGUCAGUGUUGACGAUUUUAGCAAUCAGUCAUUAGACUUGCUUUUGGUCAUGCAGAACAUGAUUGGGCCUCAGUGCCCUCUAUCAACAUUGCUGACUACUCUUGGAUCACCCUAACAAGCAAAGAUCACUCCCUGAUUUUUUUUUCCAUUAUAUAUCUAAUUUGAACUUUUUAUUGAAUUUUUUCUGUUUGUUUGCUUUUUAUCUACCUUUUCUCUAAUCAACCUGUUCAGCGAUGUUAUUACACACCUCUGGAGCAGGUGAGACUUGAACCUGGCCUUCCCACUUCAAGGUUACGGACACUCAUCCGCAGGAGGGCCCUGAUUUAAACUUUUUUCUUGGUGAGUGUGGAAAAGACAGGUAUGUGAAGUUAAUUUCUUGUUAAGGCUGAAACCACCUGUUCAAAUGCCUGUGUCACAUUCCUUUUUUCUCAGAGCAAGUCAAUACCUGCUUAUCUUUAGAUUCCCAUCUUGCCAUGUAACCCUAAGGUCAUUUUGUUUACUUCCCGCUAAGAGUGCUUUUAGAAAAACACAACCUGUUUAAACUAUUAAUAUUUUUGUUGGUUAUCUUUUUAAAUGUUAACAGGUAUAUUUAGUAAAAAUACUGAUGCAUUUCUUUCAGCUCUCAUUUUAAAUUGUAUUAUCCAGAGAUGGAAAAGGACAAUAGAAAGGGAACAACUGUAGCAACACUUGCAUAAAAUACUUAAAUAUUACUAAUGUGUCUUAAAGUCACCUCACUGGCAUUUUUCUAAUCUGCUUUCAAUUUCAACUGCAAUAUAUUAAUGACGGGAUGAGUACUUAUUGAUUUGUCUGUUUAGCUGUUUAUUAUUUUACAUCCCUACUUUCUGCACCCUUGACUUAAUUUCCACUGAACAGUUGAUUAUUCAACUUUCUACUAAUUUUGUAAAUAUUCUUUCCCUUUCAAAAUCAUUUCUGUUAUAAGAAAUCUCACACUGCACCAUGUUGUCCUUGUAAAUUCCUUUCCUGUUUCCAGUCUUCCUUUCGGCUCAAGACUGUGAUUGGUGAUUCCUCCUAUUUCCUUGACUACCUUUCUUGUAAUUCCAUGUAUGAAUCCUUCCCAUCAGGAUUAUGCCUGUUUUAGAAAACUGGCAUAAUCAAAACAUGUGUUAUAUCCUCUGUGACUCUGAUCAUGGUACCCCAUCUCUUCCAAUAGCACUCAUCUGUGACCCAACUCACUUUUGUUUUGAAAUCUUGUCCUGUGCCAGUGAUCCAGUAGUUCUCCAAGAAUCUGUUCUUGGUUGUCUCUUCCCUAUCCAAAUGUUGUUGCCUCUUCGUAAUACUAUACAAAGACACAAAGCUAGGUUCCAAAAAAUUUCAAACAGCACCGAUGUAGUUGGGCAUGAUUUAGCCAUCUGAGUAUGUUUUUUUGCACUGUUAUUUUUUUAAAAAAUCAAUAUAUUUAAAGGUUAUGACUUUUUUUAAUGGUUGACAAAAUGCUAACUCUGCAGUUUAGAGUAAAAGUACCAAAUGUAUUUUUUUUGUGUGUCAGAACUUACAAACCAUCCCAUUUGUGACUCAGGCUGACACAAUAUGAAGAAAAGCUUCAGAACUAUUCUGCUUAGGUAUAUAAUUUUACUUCAGUUAACAGUCUAAAUUAAAACAAAACAAUGUAUUGGGGAGGUGAGGGCCAAGUGAUAGUAUUAAUUACUAGACUAUUAAUCUAGAAACCAGGUAAAGUUCUGGGCACAAGUUCGAAACCCACUAUGAAAUUUGAAUUAAUUUAAUAUCUGACAUUAAGUCUGAUAACAACCAUGUUGAUUUCUUGGAAAACCUAUCUGGUUCACUAAUGUUCAUCCAGCAAGCAAACUGCUGGUCUUACCUGGUCUGGCCCACAUGUGACUCUAGUCCCACAGCAAGGACUCUGAACUGCUCUUCAGCUGUAAAGUCUCAGAAAAAAAAUAGAACUGAACAAACCACCUGGCAUCCACCCAGUGCCAGAAAUAAAAAUGGCAGAACUAGCUGUAUUGACCCUGCAAAGUCCUCUAUACUAACAUCUGGGGAUUAGUAUCAAAACUGGGGAGAGCUGUCUCACAGACAGUAUCCCAGACAUAACAUCACCGUCCAUGGAUGUACCUUGGUCGAUCAGAAGGAUGAAACCAGCAGAAGUUGUGCAGUUGGGAGACAGCUGCCCUGGAAAUCCUCUACAUUGGAUACCAUGCAGUCUCGUGACUUGAGGUCAAAAUUGGGUAAGGAAGCUGCCAUGUUGAGCAAGCACUGAGGACAUCAAAGGGACAGAAUGGAUUCUUGGUGGAGGAUUUCAGUGUCCACCACUGAGUGGCUUAGCAGCAACAGUAUUGAUCAAGCUAGUUGUGGUCUAAAGGUCAUUGCUGCUAAAUUGAGUCUGGGGCAAGUAGCGAGGGAAUCAGCAGGAAGAAAAAACAUAGUUGACGUCGUCCUCACCAAUCUGGCAGCUGCAGAUGCACCUGACCAUGUCAAUAUAGGUAAGAGUGAACACCACAUGCUCCUUAUGGAGAAGAGGUCCCAGCUUCACGUUGAGAAUAUCCCCGAUUGUGUUGUAUAACUCUAUUACUGUGCUAAAUGGGACAGACUUCAAACAAGUCUAACAACUCAAGACCGGACAUCCAUGAGGUGCUGUGGGUUAUCAUAGUCAUGCUUCAAUUUAAUCUGCAACCACGUGGCUUGGCAUAUCCCACCAUUCUACCAUUACCAUCAAGCCAGGAGAUUAUGAGAUAACAUGGUGUGAAGCUGGGUGAAAACAGCGGGCCAAGCAGCAUCAGAGGAGAAGGAAAGCUUGAUGUUUCGGGUCGGGACCCUUCUUCAGAGAUUAACCCUGUUUUAGAGAAGCGUGCAGGAGGGCAUACCAAGGAGCAGCUCCGGGACUACCUAAAAAUGAAAUGAUAACCCAGUUAAGCUACAUAACAAGGCUACUUGCACCGAAGACAUUAUAAACAGCAAGUGAUAAAAAGAAACGAGUGACUUCACAACCAACAGAUCAGAGCUAAGUUCUGCAGAUCUCCCCAUGUCCAGUUGUGAAUAGUGGAGAACAAUUAAACAAGUCACCAGAGGAGGAGUUCACACAAAAAUCCCCAAUAAUGUAGGAACCCAGCACAUCUGUGCAAAAGACGACUGAAGCAUUUGCAACAAUCUUCAGCCAGAAGUGCUGAGUGGUCAAUCCAUCCCAAUCUCAUCCAGAGGUCCCCAGCACCACAGAUGCCAGUCUCCAGUCAAUUGGAUUCAUUCCACGUAAUAAGAAGAAAGAGUUGGAGGUGGUGAAUAUUGUAAAGGCUGUUAUCCCUGAGUACUGAAUUGUUGUGCUUCAGAACUUGAUGAACCCUUAACCAAUGCUGCAGUACAGCUACAACACUGACAUCUAUUUGAUAAAGUGGAAAAUUGCCCAGGCAUAUUCUGAGUACACAAAGUAGGACAAAUCUGCCUUUGGCCAACUGUUAUAGUGAUGGAAAGUGUCAUCAGCAGUGCUUCAAGCAGCACCGAUUCAGCCAUAGCCUGCUCAUUGACCCCCAAUUUAGGUUCCACCAAGGGACUACUGAACUCUUUUUGCAACCUUGGUUCAAACAUAGACAUAAGAGCUGAAUUCCAGAGGUGAAAGUAACAGCCUUGACAUCAAGGCCUCAUCUGACUGAGUGUGGCAUCAAGAAGCCUUGGCAAAACUGGAGCCAAUGAGAAUUUGGGAGAAAACACUGCUAGUUGGAGCCAUACCUGGCAUAUUGGAAGAUUGUGGUAGUUGAAGGUCAGUCAUCUAAGUUCCCACACAUCUCUGCAUGAGUUCCUCACAGUAGUAUCUAAGCCUAACUCUUUUCAACUGCUUCAGCCAUGACUUUGAACAUCAGCAAACUUUGCAGAUGAAGGCAAUCAGUAAAUGUUUAACACUAUUUGCAGUUCCCCAGAUACUGAAGUAGUCCCUUUAAAAUGCAACAAGAUCUGACUAUGUCCAUGUUGGUGCUGAAAAGUAACAAAUAAUAUUUGUGCUGCUGAAAUGCUAGGCAAUGACCUUUCAAGUAACAGAAAAUUUAACCACUGCCCUUUUACAUUCAAUGGCAUUAUCAUCACUGGACCCCCAGAGUCAACAUCCUGGGAGUUACCAUUAACUAGAAUUGACAAGGAUUAGCAAUAUAAAUACAGUGGCUACAAGACCAGGGCUAGGAGUAGUGUAGUAAAUCAUCACCUGACUCCUCAAAGCCUAUCCACAAGCACAAGUCAGUAGUUUGAUGGAAUUCCCUCUAAUUAUCUUGAGUGCAGUUCCAACAGCAUGCAACACUUAAACUAGAUGCUGUCCAGGACCAAGCACGCCCCUUAAUUAGCACCAAAUCCACAAACACUUAUUCCUUCCACUAUCAACGUUCAAUACCAACUACAGGAUGCGCUGUAAAAAAAAAUCACCAAAGAUCCUUAGACAGGACUUUGCAAACACAACCACUUCCAUUUAAGAAUGAUAAGGGCAGCAGGUAAAUGGGAAUACCAUCACCUGCAAGUUCCCCUCUAAGUCACUCUCCAUCCUGACUUGGAAAUAAGUUGUCUCAAUUGUUAGCUCAAAACUUUGGAACUUUUUCUCCAUUAGUGUUUUGCAUCCACUUGAAUGCUGUGGUUCAAAAAGAUAGCUCACCAUCAUCAAGUAACCAUCAAGGAAUUGGCAAUAAAUAGUGGCUAAAGUAAUGCUCACACACCAUGAGUGAUUUCUUUUAAAAAGAAAUGUUGAAUCAAAAUAGAGUUCAAUUUUGAUGGAUCCCACUUUAACAGGUUUGGAAUGUUUGGAUUAGUUCUUCACCAGUUGGGGCCACAAAUUUUCUGACACAAAACUCAGUCUGAUGUUUGUGACGAUUAAUCCGUCGUUAUUGAGGUGAGAAUACCACAGGGGAACUUCAAGACAAAAGCAAUACUUCGGGCGAAAAUCCACAUUCAGAGUUGGUACUCUGAACAUAGGUGAUUCAGGAAGCAAUGACAAAGUUAACGUUAAUAACAUAUUCUGGAGUUUUGCUUUACUUUUUGAGAUUUGGUGGACUAUUUAUGUAGCUCUUUUUCUUGGGUGAGUACCGCUGAUUUGAAAGAGUGACUUGACUGUAAAAGCAGUAACCUAUGGAAGAAAUGAACUUUCCUUACAUCAUAACUUAAGAGUUAUAUGCUUAAUGCUGUGGUUUUACUCUUUCAGACUAGUGCUUAUGCUUUUUGCAGAGGUGUGUAUACUAUAGCUGUAUUAUUAUUACUACCACUGCUGAGCUAUUGCAUAGUUCAGUUGUACAAUUAAUUUAUAACAAUUUUUAUUAAAAUGGUGCCUAAACAGGAAAAUGUCCGAAACUUCAGUGUUAUCAAGUGUUGAUGCAAGUCAAAGGAGGAGAAAAGAUUACAGAGAGGAAAAAGAAGUAAUGUCAAGAAUAGAAUGGUAAGGCUGUUGCUAGUUCGACCAUGAGGAUGAACAUUUUCAAGUUUGGGCAUUUGUGAACUAGAAAUUGAUGAAGGCUUGUCAGCCUUCAAAGAUGCAAGUUAGGAAAUAGGUUCAGUCAAAAUUUCCUAAGUUUGAGGUGCAAAAUAGGAAGGAGGCCAGAUUGAGGUGCAUCAGAAAGGCAAGUGUUAAAGUGACAAAAUCUUGGCAUGGAUUUCAGCAGCACGUGGACUGUGUAGGGAAGGUGAUGUUACAGAGGUAAAAUUAGGCAGUCUUGGAGCUAGGCAGUAUAUGGUUUUGGACGAUCAGCUUCAAGCCAAAUAAUAUGUUUGCGUUGGAACCAGGCUAGUUCAGUUUAGGACAGUAGAUAUAACCAUAGAGCUGUUAAUACCACAGAAGGAGGCUUUUGACUGUCCGGCAGUUCGAAUUGUUUUUUUUCAAAUAACCAUCAAAUUCUCUUUGCCUUGAUUUGAACGUGCCUCUACCACACAGGCAGUGCAUUCCAUAAGACUGUGAGAAAUAAAAACAGGCUGUUCAACCCCUUGAGCCUGUUCCACUAUUCAGUAGGAUCUUGGCAACCCGACAUUCCUCCUGUCCACUUUCCUGUGUUUUCCUUGUAACCUUGGAUAUGCCUACUAAUCGAGACUCUAUCUUAAUCUCAGACUGAAAUAUCCACAAGGACUCUGCCUCCAAACACUCUCUAUGGCACGGAGUUCCAAAGAAGCUCACCUCUUUGAGAGAAGAAACUCCAGACCUUAAUCCCUUGUAUUGAUAAGAAUUCUUUAUAUCACGCUUGAUAUACUAAUUACUUUACACCUGUGCCCUUCUGUUCUUGAUACUGUCACAAGUGGGAGCAUUUUCUUAUUUACUCACUGCAAAGCCCUCCUGAUUUUGAAUACUUCAAUCCAUCCUCUCUCCACCAAGGAGAACAGUCACAGCUUCCCCAUCUGUUGUCUCAGUUGAAAUUUCUGAUCCAUGGAGCAAUUCUUAUAAAUAUCAUUUGAACUUUCUUCAAUAUCUUCAUGUCUGUUUUAAAAUGCAGGACCACACAUCAGAUGUAGUACUCCAGCUAAGUCUCUGAACUAUGUCUUCUGUAAGUUCAAUAUGACUAUGUUGCUUGUACUUGUACUUCCUGCUCUUACCAGUAAUUAACACAGAAUGCAUAUAAACUGCUUUCAACCUACCCUGGCUCCCUUUUUAAUGAUUUAAACCGCCCAUCCUGCAAUGUACACAAAAUGAUGGCCCAGCCAGUGAUAGCCAUAUCCCAUAAGCAAAGUUUUUUUUAAAAUCGAAAUCACUCACACACACGUACAUCAUUCGUACCUUUAUUUUGUAUUGCUUGUCCGUGUUCUUGCUACCAAAAGGGAUCACCUUCCUCUUCUCCACAUUGAACUUCGUUUGUCAGCUAUCUGAUUCUUCCAAUUCAUCAGUUUCUUUUCUGAAAUUCAGCAUCAUUCUCAGUGUAGUUUUCCAUGUUUCCAAGAUUCAUAUCGUUUGCAAAUCUUUAAAAUUGUUCCUCUUGUUCCACAUCUAGAUCAAUGCCCUCAACCUUCUUUUAUGCACGAGAUCACACAAAAUUUAUACGUGGGAUCCAGCCCUGAGGAAAAUGUAGAAUCAAAUCUAAAACCAAGGCAGAAGGGUGAGAAGAUCUCUUUAGUUAUCACAGUACUAUUCUUAAAAAGCAUGCGUACAAAAGCAAUCAACUGGGCUGUAUCAUGUCGACGGAUUCAUCGAGCUACAGUGUGAAGCAUUCGCAGUACUUCAGUCAAGGUAAAAAUGUAUCAACUUCCUGUUACCAAGCUAGAAACCAUCAGAAAAUCCAGAAAGAAGGUGAAAAGGAUCCUGUCCGAUAUUGGUCUGGAAUACUGUAAAGAACUACUGGAGGAAUUUAGAAGUUAUAAUCCAGGAGAAUACUACGUAAAAAACACAACAUGGAAUGAUGUUUCAGUGUGGCAGCCAAUCAAAAGGUCAAAGGCUUACCGAACAAAACCAUAUUGCUGCAGCCUUUGCAAUUUUUCAACAAAAUUUAUUUCUGCUUACAAAAGUCAUAUGCGAUGUUCCCAUGAGGAUGAGAUGGAUGUAGAACUGAUGGCUAGUUGUCCUAAUUGCACAUUUAUCUCUCAUCCCAAGAGUAUGAAAAAGCAUGUUAAAAUAUUUCAUUCUGAUUCUCGGAAAGUGCACAACACUGUUAACCAUGUCAAUACAGAUCAAAUAAGACAGAUCCAACCCAAAAUGUUUCAAGGCAAAAUGUCAACCCUAGUCCAGCCUGUUUAUUUUUGCAGGGUAUGCUCAUACAAAGAGGUGUCAUUGUAUGCCAUGAAGAAACAUGUUUUUCUAUCACACUUUGGCAACUUAGUCAAUAAUUACAUUGGUGAGGUGGAGGAACCGGUAUUACUUUCUGUUUACAAGUAUUUUUGUAAAGGAUGCCAAAUGAAAAUGGUCACCUAUGAUGCCUUUCUAUAUCACAUUCUGGAUAGACAUAAAGAAGUGGAAGGUCCUGUAAAAGCUACAAUUGGACACAUGGCAGAACUAAGCCCUAGGCUACACAUUGCUCCUAAGGCACAAGUGAGCAGUGUUUCUCUGCCAGUGCUCCCGAGUGUGGGAUCAGCAGUACCAUCACUUAAUACCAAAUUAACAGGACAUAUGCUUUCCUGUGUUAAGACUGCUUCACCAGCACACAGUAUCAGACCAGUUGGACCAGUACUUUCAAGUGUGAAAUCAACAGCUAACAUUACCCUACCUGUACCAUCAACUUCCUGUGUGAGAUCACCUGUAACAGCAGCUGUGCAACAGGCCGUUAAUAUAUUGACCCUUCCUCAAAAUAUUAAACCAGUAGCCUUGGGAUCAUUAAGACCAAGCAUGAGUUCUUUUCCUUUGCAAAACAAUGUUAUUCCAGUAACUGUACCCACAGCUGGUCCUGGAGAUUUUUCAAAACCCGCACAUGUUAACCUUGUAUCUGCUACUUUUCAGGUCACUCAGAAUAACUUUACAAUCCAAGCAGUAAGCCCAGUCCUUCCUCAGGCAUUUUUGAUGCCGCAGGGAUUGACCGUGGAUCAUACAGCAGGAGCUAAUGUUCCUAGAAAUGCCUUGCCAUCUAAUUCACAGACAGUGAGACAUUUAAUUCAAAGCAACAAACAUAUCAAUGGUGUACCUGCAUACACUCUAACCCCAGUUCAGUUUUCUUUGCCUGUUACUCCAGGUAGUAUAUUGAGUAACAAACCUGCGAUGAUUUCUACGACACAAGUGCCACUUAAUAUUUCCCAAACAAAUACAUUUACUUCUGUAUCUCAACAACAAACAAAAGAGUUGCCCACUGAAAUUACAGUAAUGUCUGCAGUAGGGGAACAGAAGCAGAGUGCAGUAGAAUCAGCCGCUGCUGUAGAUUAUUCUUCACAAAAUAUCAAGGCUCAACAGUGGAAGAGUUGCUCAGUGUGCAGUGCGUUGCUGCCACUAAGUGCUUAUGAUAAUCAUGUUGCGACAGCACAUAAAAUUGAAGAAUAUUCUGACAAACCGGAGAAGAUUGUAGCCUGUGCUACUUACUUGCAGAGAGUGCGUGCUCAAACAAGUAAGUGUCUUUUCUGUCGAAGUUAUAUGGAUAAAAACGUAUUAAUGUCCCAUUUGCUAAUGCAUGGCCUGACUUGUUUAUUCUGCUCUCUGACAUUUCAUGAUCUCCCAAAACUUUCUGAACAUGUGAAGGCUUUGCAUGCAGGAUUGAGAUUUGAGGCUGUUGAAAAUGUUAAAGAUGGAGUAUCAACUGUUUGUGAAAUAAAUGGUGGUAGUUUUAAUUUAACUGUAAAAUUGCCAGAAGCUGAAAUGGGUCCUAAUGAUAUUCACUUAACACUUAUUCCAAACAAAAUGUCUACUCCUCAUGCACCUUUAGUAAUUGAGGUGUGCAGGCAAAAAGAAGAAAUUAAUAUGGAAGAAACUGUAAUAGAAGUGCCCCAAAGUUCGAAAUGUCCAUUUUGUUCAAAACACUUGUCGAGCACAACCUAUGAAAACCAUUUGCAAGAAGAUCAUCAUGUAGCACCAAUGGUACAUCCACUGCUGAGAAUACCAGCUUUCAAGUGCAUUCACUGUCUUGGUGUAUACACAGAUAGCAUGACAACUUCAACAAUAUCUCUUCAUCUGUUGCGUUGUAGAGGCCUUAAUAAACAGCAAAGUAAUAUGUUGUCAAAAAGUGUUCAAUCAAAGUGUGAGUUUCCAGAAACUGCCAAGUACAAUAAUGAACUUACCAAUGGGGAUAAGAUAGAUUUGGUAUUGCCUCCUCCUAAACGAAUAAAGGCUGAUGCGAUAGCAAAUAAUUUUGAUAUCUCCCCUGUGGCAGUAACUGACUCUGCAAACACUAAACAUUCUCCACCAUUAUCAGACCCAUCUGCAGUCUUGGCUCUGGUUCCAAAAGGCUUUGAGGAUCGCUCGUAUGAAGAAAGGAAGCUAUUUCUACUUGACUACUUUCAUAAGCAACCGUACCCCAGUAAUAAAGAAAUUGAGAUGCUAUCUUCAAUCUUGUGGCUUUGGAAAAAUGAUGUUGCCUUUGUCUUUGGCAAUAAGCAAAGGCUCUGCUUGAAAGCAAUGAAGUACAAACCAUCUGUGCUUUUGGGAUUCAAUAUGACUGAAUUAAGGAAAGUGAAGCACAAUCUGAAACUGGGUGAUCUUGAUACAAAUAUUUGACAGCUGUUCUCCCAAACUUGCAUAAAGGGAUGAAUCUAAUGGCAGUGAAGAUAUGGGUGGCCCACAAGUUGGCAUAAAUGCAAGGAGACAACUAUACUCUUAGACAAUCAGAGAUGAAGAGCAAAUGGUCAGAUAAUUUUGCUUUUGAGGGGGGGGGAGGUGUGCCUUUUGUUCUAAUUAGGCUAAUUUUCUUAUGGCUGGGAACUAGAGGCCAAGAGGAACUUAAAUACAGGGUUUAACUUGAAUCCUACUUGAAGCCAAAAAUGUUGUUAUGUUCAUUUUAAAAACACUUAGUAUGCUGCCAAGUUACUCGCCAAUGGUUUUCAGAAAUAUAUAUCCUUCUGUAAAAGCAAGAAGGAGUUUAACAGUACUGGAUAACUAUACAAGAUAGAUUGUGCUGCCAAUACGUUAUUACAGGAUGAGAUUAAUAUAUAAUCCUGCAAUGUUGAUCAACUAAGUUUACAUAAUUUAUGUCCGCCUUGUAUUUUAUAUUUUACUUUAAAUUUGGUUGAUGUGAUAGUCUCUUCCUCUGGAAAAAUGGAUUUUUGAAGUAUUUUUACACCAGGGUAAGAAAAUAAAUAGAAAUUUGGUCAUGUUUGAUGCAAAGUUGCUUCUGGCACAGCUUUUACUCUUUUGGAUGAGCAUUAUUUUGCUCAACUGAUAGUUUCAAUAGUUGUUAAUGAGGACUGUAGCUGCUCUUUAUCUCAUUCUAUCUAUUUUUGACUCAAUUUGCUGUUUAAACCUGUAAUCCCUAAUCAUCAAAUCACUUGGACUAUGCCAUAAUUACUAAUAUUUUAAUCCCCUGAAGUCAUUUUCACAAAACUUUAUUUUUCUUGAGUAUUUUAUCAUACAUAAUUUAGGUAUUGAACUUAUCUUCAGCUAUGAUCAAAAGGAAUCUUGGGUCUUGCAUUGUUUUUAAAAUCUACCUUUCUGCACUGUAAAGAAUGCACUGCUGUUUCUUUCAACCCUCACCUGUCAAUCCUAAAAUUUUUAAACACAAUUUUUAAAAAAUGAUAUUGGUGUCUGCCACUGUAUGUAUUGUCCACUGGGUAGCUAAUGAAUGUACAGGAAUGGAGGAAAUGAUAACAGCUAAGUGUCAUCUGAUCUGUGGACCACACAUUUGAUGUUUUUGAAAUUAAUGGUUAGCUUGUUGUUUAGGUACUGUUCAAGCAUGGGAUUGAUUUAUCUUUUGCUUAACAAUGAUACAUAAAUAUUGCUUCUGAAUAUUGUUGAAAGUUGUUUUUAAAUGAAGAUUGCUUAUUGUGUUUUAGUCUCAAAUGCUUAUCAUUCCUGAAUACAGACUUGAUGGCAAGAAAAUUAUGCUUACCAUUGUUUGCAGAAAACAGAUGAAUACAUAUUGCAGAUUGAAAAGCUCCAUACAAGCUAAUAUUAGUGUUCAUUUAGGUCAAUAGCAUUCGUGUCCAUGACUUUUUUUUAAAGAAUGUUCAUAUCUGCAACUUAUCCUGUCACCUGCAGAACUGUUAUAUUAUGUAGUGGUUUUCUGUCAAUUUAAAUCUAAAAUUAAUCUGAGAUUUUCAAAUUAUGUAAAUCUCGAGCUUCUUGGAGAGUUUCAGUAGCUUUGCAAGGAUGGUUUUUUUCCCCUCAGUUACUAAAAAUUGUAUCUAUUAGUGCUGUAUAAAAGUGAGAUUGGUCAAGCUACGGAUUUUCCUUUCACAAACCCUGCAAAAUUUGUAUUCUUUCUUUUGAGGUAUAAAAUUUGAUGUUAGUUUCUUUUAGGAAAUGUUCAGGUCUCUCUCUACUGACUUUGUGUGACCAUGUUUAAAUUAGCUUAUAAAUUUGCUCAGUUUGAGUUGUAACUUGCUGAAUCCAUUGUGCACUUUGUAGCCUGAUCAGAUGUGUUUUAUUUCUGACCAAGAGAUGUUGCGAAGUUAAGUUUCAUUGCCAUUUGACAUUAAUGAUAUUUAUCAGGAAUAUUGCUUGUACGUUUGUUUUAUUUUUAUGUGAGUAUUCUAUUUUCAGACAAAAGCACUGACUUCACUGCCUUUGCUAGGUUGGUUCAUUUUCCCUCGCUGAUUUAUGAGAUGCCAUUGAUUUAGAGCAGUGGAGAUCUUCGCAGCAGCAACAGGCAGUUGCUGGUCUUAAAUAAUGCCUGAUGCAAAAAGAACUAAAUGGCAGUAACCUCUUUCGGGUUUUUUUGCAAUACUUUUUUUUAAACUAAUUUCACUUUCUUUUGUCUCAACAUUUUUCAAAUUAUGUUUUACUUUCCAAUUUAAUGCCUGUGAUCAUCUAGUCUCAAAAAUGAGUGAUUUUAUUUUGAACUCUUCAUUUAAACAUUGUGAUCAGAACAGAAAUGGACAAAAUCUUUAUCUGCUAAAUGUUCAUCAAAUGUUGACCAUCUAUACAUGAUAUGUCAACCUCCUUCAUGCCGUAACAUUUUUCUUUUUCAAACAGUUGAUUUUUUGUCCUUCUUCCAGCAACUGUGCCUAGUAGACAAUCGGAUUUGUAGUCCUGGGUAAGAAGCUGUUGUCUGCAUAUCUUGCCAAUUGUGUCCAACUGAUACAUAAUCAAAUCUUAUACUGUGCACUGUUUAAUUUGGAAUACACAGAUGAGUUUUGUAAAAGAUGGAGUAGUGAAAGAAGGUGGUCAGCAAGGUAAUUACCAGCUAGAACAUGAGUCCUAUUGUAUAGACUGUAAUUCAAAUUAGGGCAUCUGUUAGCAGUAGAAAAAAAUAAUGGGGAUGGGGUAGCUGGGGGCAGAGAGAACAGAAAGCAUAAUUAGUUGGACUUUAAUUGUGUUCUGAUUUAUAAAUAACAUGUUUUCAAAUUGUCCUUAAUUGCUAACAAUUAAACCAUGAAUGUUGACAGCCUGUUCACUUAUACAAUUGAUUGAUUGAACUCCAUUCCUGUAAAUUGGGUUUUCAAAUUGAACUAUUUGCAAUGUAUUCUUGGCUAAUUUUCAUGUACAGCCUAGAUAUUGACUCUUUGUUUUUAGUGCAGUUUCUUUCAUGUUUACAUGGUUUAAUGGUCAUGAUGUAUUAUUGCAUUCUUAAUGGCUAAACUCUGAUGUAGCCUCCCUGAAAUGCUCAAUUAAAUUCUUAUGAUAGAACCAUGAUUGUACUUGGUAAAUACCUUUAAUUAAAGGUUAAGUUUUUAACAAAGUAAGAUUUAACAAACACAUUAUGUUGGUCUGAUAAUGUUUGUGUUUUAUUUUGAUAAAUUUAAAUACAGAAUAUCCAUAAGGCAUCUAAAUAAUGUUAGCCUUUGGCAAUAGUAAAAGUUUCCUUUUUAAUGUAUUUGAGCUGUGAUGAUACUCAAAACUAAUUAGAGUUUGUUCUCUACUACCAUUAUUGCUUAAUUAAAUAGGCAAGUUUUUUUGCAUUGUUGUAAAAGGUGCAUAUUACUGAGCAUCUAUGGUCUGGUCUAUUUGUAUGCCUAUUUACAUGCCCCUCCAUCACUUGGUUUAUAAGCUAGUUAAGCUGUCACUUGUUUUUAUUUGUUGAUUGGUUUUCAGUUGUACAUUAGAUAUGGUUUGUCCUAAUAUGUUCACAGUUUGUGCAUAUUCAGUUUAAAAAAAGGUGCUUGUGGCCCAUGUGCUUCUGUGUUUCAACAGAUUUUUUUGUGUAGGUUUAGUGGUGUAAUUAUUUGUACAUAGUAUUACCUUUUUAAAAAAUGUUUUUUUUUCUGUAUUUGUGCAGUGAUUUGUUUUAUAAAAUUACAUUUUAUCCCCAGGACAGAAGACCUUUUUAUGAAGUACUGUAUUAGAGCUUGGAAUUUU